UAAAUUCCCUAAAACCCUAAGAAAACAGAGAGAGAUUCUUUCUCCUCCGUCCCCAAAAAGAUGCGGCCGUUAGACGAGACCGAAACCACCGUCGUCUUCGAGAAGAUCUUCAAAUUCGUCGGGAACAACCUCAAGAACAUCGUCGAGAACCCUUCCCACGAAGGACCCGAACCAGAACCGGGACGCUACUGCUUCCGCCUCCAGAAGAGCAGAGUCUACUACGUGAGCGAGUCGCUCGUGAAGCGGGCCACGAACGUCUCCCGGAAAAGCCUGGUCUCCCUCGGAACCUGCAUCGGGAAGUACACCCACGCGGGGAGCUUCCACCUGACGAUCAUGUCGCUCGGCCUCCUGGCGGCGAACGCCAAGCACAAGGUGUGGCUGAAACCCACUUCGGAGAUGUCGUUUCUCUACGGGAACCACGUGUUGAAAGGAGGGCUGGGGAGGAUUACUGAUAGUAUUGUUCCUGGGGAUGGGGUUGUUGUGUUCUCGAUGUCUGAUGUUCCGCUGGGGUUUGGGAUCGCGGCGAAGAGUACGCAGGAUUGUCGGAAGUUGGAUCCGAAUGGGAUCGUCGUGCUUCAUCAGGCUGAUAUUGGUGAGUAUCUGAGGGAUGAAGAUGAGCUUUGAAAUGGUUUUGUCUUUCGGGGGAUGGAUGUUAGCUUUGGUUGUGUUUCUUGUUUUAAUGUUUUUUGAGGUUUAAGAUAUGUAGUAGUUUUGUUACAAAAUGUGGUCUUGGAUCUAUGAAAGUCUUGAUUUUUAUGAA